AUGUCAAACUCAAAAGAGAACUCAUCAAUAAGCGACUCACAACGAAGAAAUACUGACUCUUCAUUAUCAGAAAAAUCAAUGACAAACACAGCACCAACUACCAAAAACAACACCAAUAAGGCUGAUGACCAAGGUAUGGUUUCACAAGAGUACUAUAGGCUACCAGUUGAACAAGUUGCUAAAGAGUUCAACACCAAUGUACCCGAUGGAUUAUCACCAAAAGAAGCUGAAUCUAGAAUUUCAACCUAUGGUCCAAACAAUUUGGGAGAAGAGGAUUCCAUUUCAUACACCAAGAUAUUGGCUCAUCAAGUAUUUAACGCCAUGAUUUUGGUGUUGUUUAUCAGUAUGAUUAUUGCUCUUGCUAUUAGAGAUUGGAUAUCUGGUGGUGUUAUUGGGUUUGUUGUUGGUAUCAAUAUUGUGGUGGGUUUUGUUCAAGAAGUUAAAGCUGAAAAAACCAUGGGUUCAUUGCGUAAUUUAUCAUCACCAACAGCCAGAGUCACUAGAAAUGGAGAUGAUAUCACUGUUCCAGCAGAAGAAGUUGUCCCUGGUGAUAUUGUUCAUGUUAAAGUUGGUGAUACCGUUCCUGCUGAUUUAAGAUUGUUUGAUUCAAUGAAUUUGGAAACUGAUGAAGCUUUAUUGACAGGUGAAUCAUUACCAGUGCAAAAAGAUCACACAGUUGUGUAUGAUGAUUAUUCAGUACCUAUCCCUGUUGGUGACAGAUUAAACUUGGUUUAUUCUUCCUCAAUUGUUUCCAAGGGAAGAGGGUCCGGUAUUGCUUAUGGAACUGGUUUAAGUACUGAGAUUGGUCAAAUUGCUCAAUCAUUGAGAGGAAACUCUGGAUUGAUUCGUAGAGUUGACAAGUCAAAUGGUAAACCUAAAAAGAGAGAAUAUGGUCGUGCUUGUGCUGGAACCAUUUAUGAUGUUGUUGGAAACAUUCUCGGUAUAACUGUUGGUACCCCUUUGCAAAGAAAACUUUCAUGGUUGGCCAUUUUCCUCUUUUGGGUGGCUGUUGUAUUUGCCAUUGUUGUUAUGGGAUCACAAAAGAUGAAUGUUAAUCGUGAAGUUGCCAUUUAUGCCAUUUGUGUGGCAUUGUCAAUGAUUCCAUCGGCAUUGAUUGUCGUUUUGACCAUUACUAUGGCUGUUGGUGCUCAAGUUAUGGUUUCCAAAAAUGUUAUUGUUCGUAAAUUGGAUUCAUUGGAAGCAUUGGGUGGUAUUAAUGAUAUUUGUUCAGACAAGACUGGUACUUUGACACAAGGUAAGAUGAUUGCCAAAAAAGUUUGGUUACCCAAUGUUGGUACUUUGGAAGUACAAAAUUCAAAUGAGCCAUAUAAUCCAACUGAAGGUGACGUCAAAUAUGCACCAUAUUCACCAUUUUUCAUCAAGGAAACUGAUGAAGAAAUUGAUUUCAAUAAACCAUAUCCUGAUCCAAUGCCACAAAGUAUGCAUGACUGGUUAAUGACUGCCACUUUGGCCAACAUUGCCACUGUCAAUCAAAGCAAAGACGAAGAACUGGGUGAAUUGGUUUGGAAAGCCCACGGAGAUGCUACUGAAAUUGCCAUUCAAGUUUUCACCACCAGAUUGGAUUAUGCUAGAGAAUCAUUGGUUGAUGGAUUUGAACACAUUGCUGAAUUCCCAUUUGAUUCAUCAAUUAAAAGAAUGUCAGCCAUUUACAAGGAUAAGAAAACUGGUGAGACUAGAGUCUACACCAAGGGUGCUGUCGAAAGAGUGGUGCAAUUGUGUACCACUUGGUAUGGUGAAGGCACAGAUGAUUCACAAGAAUUGAAGGAAUUGACCGAUUCUGAUAAACAUUUGAUUGAAGAAAACAUGACGGCAUUAUCAUCUCAAGGUUUAAGAGUGUUGGCUUUUGCAACCAGAUCCAUUGAUGGAGAUUUUGAUGAUCGUGAAAAGGUUGAAAAUAACUUGACUUUCCAGGGACUUAUUGGUAUCUAUGAUCCUCCAAGAGAAGAAACUGCUGGAUCUGUCAAAUUGUGUCACAGAGCAGGUAUCAAUGUUCAUAUGCUUACUGGUGAUCAUCCUGGUACUGCUAAAGCUAUUGCCCAAGAAGUUGGUAUCUUGCCUCACAAUUUAUACCAUUACUCCGAUGAAGUUGUCAAAGUUAUGGUUAUGACUGCUAAUGAAUUUGAUGCUUUAUCCGAUGAAGAGAUUGACAAUUUACCAGUGUUGCCCCUUGUUAUUGCCCGUUGUGCCCCACAAACUAAAGUACGUAUGAUUGAUGCUUUACAUCGUCGUCAAAAAUUCGCUGCCAUGACUGGUGAUGGUGUUAAUGAUUCGCCAUCGUUGAAGAAAGCCGAUGUUGGUAUUGCCAUGGGUAUGAAUGGUUCUGAUGUUGCCAAGGAUGCUUCUGAUAUCGUUUUAACUGAUGACAAUUUCGCGUCAAUUUUGAAUGCUAUUGAAGAAGGUAGAAGAAUGUCUGCCAAUAUUCAAAAAUUCGUGUUGCAAUUGUUGGCUGAAAAUGUCGCUCAAGCAUUGUAUUUGAUGAUUGGGUUGGCAUUUAUGGAUGAGUCUGGAUUUUCAGUUUUCCCCUUGUCUCCAGUUGAAGUUUUGUGGAUUUUGGUUGUUACUUCUUGUUUCCCUGCCAUGGGAUUGGGUCAAGAAAAAGCCAGUGAUGAUAUUUUGGAAAAACCACCAAACAAUACCAUUUUCACUUGGGAAGUGAUUAUUGAUAUGUUGGGAUAUGGCUUCUGGAUGGCAUGUUCAUGUUUGCUUUGUUUUGUCGUUAUUGUCUUUGGUAAUGGUAAUGGAGAUUUGGGAGUUGAUUGUAACUCGAUGGAUGCUGAUGUCGAUGUAUGUGGCUUGGUGUUCCGCGGUAGAUCAGCUUCAUUUGCCAAUAUGACGUGGUGUGCUUUAAUUCUUGCUUGGGAAUGUAUUCAUCCUACUCAUUCCUUAUUUUACAUGAGACAAGAUACCGAUAAUCCAUGGUGGAAACAAACCGCUAUUGAUUUAUGGAGCAAUCAAUUUUUAUUUUGGUCAGUCAUUGGCGGAUUUGUCACUGUUUUCCCGGUGGUUUACAUCCCUGUUAUUAACACCAAAGUGUUUCUUCACAAGUCCAUUGGAUGGGAAUGGGGAGUUGCUGUUGGAUGUUCGGUAUUGUUUUUACUUGGUGCUGAAGGUUGGAAAUGGGGUAAGCGGGUGUUUUUCAGAAGAUUAACCAACAAAAGGGCCAAUAAUCCCGAAUAUGAAUUGGAAAGAAAUGAUCCAUUCCAAAGAUAUGCCUCUUUUUCAAGAUCUGGUACCAUGGAGAAUCAAAAAUUCUUGGUUUAG